ACUCCAGCGUUUCUUAUCUGCUGUUGGGAGCUUGCUGAGAAAAAUAUCAAGCCCACAGAUGCGCACUCGCUCAAUUCAAUUCUAAGAUCUAUACGUCAAAAAAUAGGUUGAAGGUCAAGAUUGUAGAUGUCCGCUCUCAAAGGAGUUAAGAACACACGAUGUCUUUUGAAGUAUGCACCAUCAGUCCUGAAGUGAAGGAUGAGCUGCAAAAGUUUCGUUUUCGUCGCAAUGUCAACAACACUGCCAUAAUAUUGAAGGUAGAUCCCACAAAGCAGUGUGUGAUAAUAGAGGAUGAGUUGUCCGACAUAGCUGAUGUGGAUGAGCUGCGUGAGAGCAUCCCAGCCACGCAGCCACGAUUUGUCCUGCUGUCUUGGCGCAUCAACCACUCUGAUGGCCGAGUGUCUUAUCCAAUGGCUUUUAUAUACACUACACCAAGAGAUUGUGUGCCCAAGCUGCAGAUGAUGUACUCAGGAAGCUACAACCACCUCAUUGCUGAGUGCGGGCUCACCAAAGUCUUUCAAAUCCGUGAACUGGAGGAACUUGAUGAGGAAUGGAUCAACAGCCACCUAGCAUAGUGCUUAUUACUACUGCUAUAACUUGCUGCAGUUCUACUUUAGAACAGUGGUUCCUAAACAAAUUUGCCAUGUAACAUGCAUCAUAAGCAUGUUACCUAGAUAUCUUAAAUGGCUAAGAUAUAGAUCUAUAUGACCAAUUUAAACACUGAAGAAAUGUGUCUCCUCUUCUUUGCCUCGUAAAUUUAAAUCGUAGCUUUGCUAAUAAGAUACCUCCGUUUUGGGAACCUCUGAUCUAAAGUCCAGCUCUCUAUACAGCCAAAUAAGAAUGCCAUUAGAUAAUAUUUAUUUUGAGUGCUACUUGCCCUAUAGUUGCUGGAAAUUUCCAGCAUCAAUCCUGCCUCAUACUUGCCAUUUAGUCAUAAAAGAUUUGCUAUAGCAAGUUUGGUUGAAUAAUUCUUAUAAUGUAGUGACACCGAUUCUUGUUGUUCAUCUAGGCAGAUAAAAUUACAUGCUUUAUCUAAUAUCUGAGAAGUGCUACACCUUUUUUUGUUACGUAGAUCAGUAUUGAUUCUUACCUAUCAUUUGGCCAAAGCAGAUCAUUUUAGUGAAUAUAAGUUGUGGAAAAGUUUCUCUGCUCGCGAUGAAAAAACCUCGGUAGCAGAUACAUCUGGUCACAAGUUAGAGCCUGUUAGCUGAGCUGCUUUGUCGCUAGUAGUAGAGCAAUUUACAAUUUCUUUAAUUUUCAUUUAACUAAUUGAAGCUAUUUUCUGUGCAUAUAAUACUUCAGUGAAUUCCAUAGCAGCCCAAGUAAAGUCUACCUAAAAAAUCUCGUUAGCCACUGUUAUGGGGUAUCGCUACCAUUGCCUCUAGGCUGUUGGGUGUAUAAACAAAAUAUUUACUGGUACCUACGUCAUUUCACUUCUUGAUCUGAUAAUGACUCCUUUUUGCAUUUACGAAAUUAAGUAGUUUUUUGAAGAUAUUAAACUUGUCAGUUCUAGCAUCGACAUAAAUCAUAUGCAAUUAUCAAGCAGGCUCCAGCUUGCCAUGAUGUACUAUUAUGUUGAAUGUGGUUACUGUACACGCUGCUAGACUUGCUCAACAUUUAUAUUAGCAAAGGCACUCAUGACUUGACUAUUCCAUCUGAUAUUAUACAAUUAUGUAUUCUGAUGCUCUCUCACCAAUGCACUUUGUACGAGAAGACUUUCUCAACAAUUAUAUUAGCGACUACUAUAUUGGGAAUGCAGUCUAGACUUUUCCAUCUGAUAUUAUACAAUUAUGUAUUCUAAUGUUCUCUCACCAAUGCACUUUGUACGAGUAGACUUUCUCAACAUUUACAUUAGCGACUACUAUAUUGGGAAUGAAGUCGAGGCUUGACUAUUCCAUCUGAUAUUAUACAAUUAUGUAUUCUAAUGCUCUCUCACCAAUGCGUUUUGUAUGAGAUUACUGUGGUAUUAUUCAACUUGCAUUAGUGUGUUAUUUUAAUGAAGCCUUUUUUGCGCCUUGGUAUGCUUUUAUUUAAUGUUGUACUAAUCUGAUCGUAGUUCAGUUUUAUGAUUUGUACGAGAUAAAGACUGGCACCAGGCAGGUGACGAAGAAUCAAUGAUGAAUAAACUUUCUAGUCAUUGUUUCACCGUCACCGGCCUGGUUUGCAGAUCAUUUUUAGCGCAUUUUCUCAUUUAUAGAAAAAAUGCACUAUUGUGCU